AUGAGACAUCCCCCGCGCAGUAGUAUUGGUAGGAUGUCAUCUUUUUCUUUUCCCUUUUUACGGGGCACGCGGCGCGUGCACAUUUUUGUUAUUGCAUUGGUUUGUGUGUUGUUUAUUGCUAAUGCCACCGUUUUUGUUUUUCGCCCACAGGGGCAAUCUUUUUGGGGAGCCCCUGCUGCUGCGGACAGCGCAUCGAUACGGCUGGACGUGCCGAUUUCUUCGGUGCAGCUGCUGGCCGACGUGCUGGCUCGGUUUCCGAAUGCAAGGAUGGGUUUUGAACGCAUCUACAGAAUCCGCACUGAUUCUGCGCGUCUCUUGAUUCCUCCAGAGUUUCAGGCGAGGGCGGAGAGCAUGUUUUCUGGCUACAGGGGAACACGCGAAGAUCUGCUGCGGGAUCUCGAAAAUCAGAGUGUGGUGGAAGUUUUUAAUCGUGUUACCGGUGAAAUGGCGCUUUUUAACGAUAUCCGCAGAUUUAGGCCCGGCGGCGGCAGCAGCACUGGCAGUUGUGCGGAGGAAAGGCGCGUAGUGGCCAAGCUUUACACAGAGGGCAGUGGGGUCGAGCUGUGCGACUUCUGCAACGAGCGACGCACAGCCCGCGAUGUAUUUGGCCGAAUAGACGGCAAAUAUUCAUACACCGCGGCGAAUGUCGCCAAGCUUAGUAAGUGGCACAGUCUUAUAAUCACAAAGGUGCAUGACCCUUUGUCCGUGGACGAGGAUGUCAUUGCGGACAUCAUUGAUGUCUCUCACAGAUGGUUCAAAAGGGCCCAUCGCGAGGAUCCUCUUUAUAUGUACCCGAAUAUUAUUUGUGAUGCCGGCAAAAGAGCGUCUGCUUCCCAAGUUCACUUUCAUCUGCAGAUGGCUUUAACGAGAGACCAUUAUUUCUCCGGUACUGAGCAGCUUCGGCG